AUGUCCGAUUUUCCAACAAACGAGCGUAUUUAUUUAAAAAUCUACGAUUAUGAGACAAAGGAAUUCUCCGGAUUGACAACUUAUCAUGGACUUGUCCGAAUUUACAAUUCAAAUACGUGGCCUUCGCGGAUUUUCUGGACGGUUGUCGUUCUUUCCUGCCUCUCAUUAUUCAUGAUUCAUAGUGGCUAUCUCCUUCUUGGCUAUCAUUCAAAGCCAACGCUUUUCCAAAUUACCACUAUUGUGCCCAAAAAUGGCAUAGUGUUUCCCGAAGUGACCAUUUGCAAUCACAAUCCGUUGGAUUUGCUUCGAAUUCCUCAAUCAUACAGUAAAACUGUCUUAAAUUACAUUUUAGACUUUUAUACAAAUAUGGAGGAUCUUUCCCCUCAAAAUCCAAAAAUGGAGCGAGAAUUCUUAGAAUUUUUGAAGAAAUUUCGAUUGGAGACUGGGAUUUCUUUCGAUUUGGCCAGCUUUUUCAAAAAUUAUAGCAAAAUUUGCGAGGAAACCAUAAUUGAGUGUAGUUUUGCGAAGAAGAAGCUGGAAAAUUGUUGCGAGCUGGCGAUUCCCGAGUUUACCGAUUUCGGAUUCUGCUUUAGAUUUCACAAUGGCAACGGCUCGUUUCGACAAAUUUACAGCGGCGAGGGCAAUGGUUGGGAGUUUUUGCUCGAUGGACGGAAUCAGAACACUCGCGGGGAUCGAGAAAUUGAGACGGGAUUUCAGAUAUUGAUACACGAGAAUGGGAAAUUUCCGCAAAUUGCCAAAAAUUCGAUAGCAGUGCCGCCUGGCGAGUGGAUUCAUGCGUCGAUUGAUCUGAAAAAUAUAAGCCUUUUGGAUCAAACCAAUUGGGGAUUUUGUCAGCAAAAUUUCAAUAAAACUCCACAUUUGGACAUAAAAUAUACGUUGCCUCAUUGUGAGAUGGAAUGUGAGCUGGAGCACGUGUGGAGCAAAUGCAAUUGCAUUCCAUUCAAAUACUUCUCGAAGCUCAAGAACUUGACUGAAACUCAUUAUUGUACACCGCUAGAAUUAUACAAAUGUCGAGAAAUUGUUAAAGAUAUUAACUGCGAAUGCUUCUCGGAAUGCGAUUUAUUGGAAUUUGACACGAUAUCCACAUUUUCGGAGUUGCCCGAGAGGAAAUUUGGAAUGAGCCAUGAUUAUAUAAGAUCAAAUCUCUCUUCUGCCAGCAUUUUCUUCCAGCAUAUUUCAUACGAGCGACAUGAGCAGCAGAAGCAGAUGCAAGCUGCCGAUUUAUUGUCGAGCAUUGCUGGAAGCAUGGGAUUGUUUUUGGGAAUGAGUACGGUGACCCUCCUCGAAAUUUUCAUUUAUUUGUUCAAAUCGGUUUGGGGAACGGUGAAUUCCGAAAGGCAAAAACAAUUCCUUGAAGCGGUUGCACAGGAGGAAAGGGUCUGUCGGAAUAGUAUGGGAAUGUCGCUGGACGAUUCGUAUACGACAUUGCCACGAGGACGCAACUCGUCGCCUAAACCAUUACACGUGCACUUGAACAGAAGGAAUAGUAGGAUGAUUUUAGGGGGAGAUCUAUUUUCAGCAGCCAGAGACUCGAUUUCGAUUCCUUCUCAUUUAUUAUCCCCAUUUUCGAAGCAUAGAAUCUCUGCUAGUGCUACGAAUUUGAGCACAGAGAGCGCAAAAAAUUCGAAAAAACGGAGGAUUUUGAGACGACAAAGCACUCUACCAAAUCCGACCUAUCAGAUAAUGAAAAGCAAAGUACGGUAUAGGCUUUUGGAUUGCUCGUCUCUGAGCUUUUAUAACUAUUUAUUCGGAUUUCUAGUUUUUGCUGUAAUUGUUCUCAUUUAUAUGAGCAUUGUGCAACGCGAGGAAUCUGUGAAGCCCAUGAGUCAGGGAAUCUAUGAAAGGAUUAUUGAGAACUUGCAAAUUGAAGUGAAAGAGCGAAAUACGUUGAUAAACGAUCUACAAAGCGAUUUUCGCACGAUUUCGGUGAAUGCGAAACAGAAAAAGAAAUUACAGUAUAGGAAACGGCCGGAGACUGUUCAUAUUGAUUGCGCGCGUCUUUAUGCAAAUGACAAGGAAUAUAUGAAGCAAUUUAAUGGAACAAAUCGUCCGAAAAUGAUUGAAUCGAAAAAUCUUGAUAUGAGUUGCGAGGCGAUCACCGAACGCGUCAUUCCGCCAGUGGGUCUCGAACCUCUCAAAUUUGGCGUUGCAUUCGCUCGUGUUGUUUACACGGACUACGAAAUGCUCGAGAAUUUCGUGAGAUUCUCGUACCAUCCACAAAAUGUUUUUUGUUUCGCCAUCGAUCAGAAAUCUUCGCCGGAAUUUCACUCGAAAAUGCGAUCGCUUGCCUCGUGUUUACCUAAUAUUUUACUUCUUCCAGAUGAGAAGUCAGUGGAUUCGAAAGGUCAUAAUGUGAAUUUGGCUCAUUAUAAUUGCAUGAAAGCGCUGAUUAAUAAACCAGGAUGGGGUUAUGUCAUGCUAUUGCAGAAUCACGACAUUGUUAUUAAAAGCAUCUACCAGCUCGUCGAGAUUUAUUCGAUACUCGGCGGAGCGAAUGACGUCGAAAUUACGCCGGAAAAUGGGAGAAUUGAUAAAAAAUUGAAAUGGGAUCCGAAAUCGCUGAAAAUGUUUCGAAACGAAUCAGAAGCGAAACCGGGACAACUUGAAACCACGCUGAAGUUUGCCAAAGGUGCGGCACAAGCGUCAUUUUCGAGAGACGCUGUUGAUUGGAUGGUCCGUAAAAUGGAUAUGAGCACUUUCAUCAACAAUUUGAACACUGGGCCAUUCGGUGUUGAUGAGCAGUUUGGCGAGACGUUGCAAGCCUCCGAUUUUCUCGAAAUGCCCGGCCAUUUCACCGACGAAUGUUUGAAGCAGGGAAAAUUGACGGAUUUUGUGACAAGAAUGUCGCAUUGGCGUGGAAGAGCGUCCGAUUGUGCUUCGAAUAACCUCCGCCAUGCGAUUUGCGUUUUAGGCGUCGAAGAUCUGCCGACAGUUGCCAGAUAUCCGAAUCUCAUGUUCAACAAGAUGAUGCCCAGCUUCGAUUACGCAGCCAUCGACUGUGUUGGCGAAUUGCUUUAUAAUCGGACAGUUUUGAAACAAAACGAUAUUCCGUUGGACAAAAAUUACUACGAAAAUAUGGUUAAUGUUGUUUAUCACAUGAAUAAAAACACGCCCGGAUUUAAGCUGAAUUGCACACCGCCGUACAAACCGUGGCAAAAUUGGAAAUAUCCCGAAUAA